ACAUCUUGUGAAGACUUUCUCCUUAUUUCUAUGAAUGUCGUUUUGAUCGCCUGAUAAAGAAACCCAACCAAUGGAACGAUGAAUCACCACGGGACGCCGGUUGUAUAAGCCAACACAAAAAAACUCCAUUGUGUUUCAGUAACAACCAAACAACUGAAGAUAAAGCAAGAUUUGUCACAGUGGUUUGCGUAACCUAAACAAAAUAAGUUAACCUAUAAAUAAACUUAUUGUGGAGACUAUUAAAAACAGUUUUGCUGAGUGGAAAACGAGAGUUUUCUGUCUGUUAACCGUUAAAUAACAUGCCCAGCUUAAUAGUGCCAAAUCCAACGUCUAUAAUACAUAUUCUGAGCGGUAAGAACAACCGUGACGUCAUGAUGGACCCCACAAAGAACUUACUGAGCGCAAUGAGGUCCAACAGUUUCUCGCGAAUCAAGUCAGCACUCACGGUUCCGGGGAUAAACUUUGACGUCCGAGAUCCAGAGAGUGAGUUCUACAGUCUCCUAAUGAGAGUUUGCCUCUUAGAUAUGGCGCCAAAGAACCGGCGCGAACUGGCCAAGAUACUUCUUGAUAAGAAAGACAUGAACGUGAACGCCAAGGACCGGGAUGGCAGGACGGCCCUGUCACACGCCUGCCUCCUUGGGGAUGUUGGAAUGGUGAAGGCACUGGCCGAAGACUCAGACAUUGAUCCAAAUCUUGGGGAUCGGGAAGGGGACACUCCGCUGAUGCACGCCUGCAGGGGAGGCCAGUUUGAUGUCGUCACGGCACUUCUGUCUAAUUUCAGGAGGGUGGGACUUCUGGUGAACGAACCGAACAACCAAGGUAUUACCCCACUGAUUGAAGCAGCAAGAGGUGGCCAUGCCGACAUCUGCCGAAGCCUAGUGACGAUAGGUAACGCUGACGUCAAUGCUCGGGACACGAAGUCUUUCAACACCGCCCAAGACUACGCUAUCGCCAGCCGGCGUCUCUCUACCCCAGACAUCCUCCUACUCUCCCCAAUAGCCCAGAAGAAACUACAGGCACGGAAAAAGCGGGAGGCCAUGGGUCGCAGCUCGCUCUCCGAGCUGAUGAAACGAGCUGCCUUCUAUCCGACCUCAUCCUGGCAGCAUAAGGAGUCCGGCACCGCCAUCUGCCUUGAGCACUGCGACGGUAAAGUGAAGCAAACGAACAGUACACCACAUACCAAAUACAACCCUCUGCAACGGGAACAUCUACAACAGCUGAACAGUGCCGUCUUCCAGGUCGCCAAGUACGGACUCAUUCGAGUAGCAGAGCAAACCCAAGAGGAGGAAAUCGAAGAUAUCGAGAUCCCUAAGAGACUACGGGAGCGUAGGCUCUCCCUCUCUCUACCUGACCUCCGCGAUGAGGACUCGGAGGGAGACGCAAAGUCAAACAGCCGAUCCUUAAGCCCUUACAGACCAGCCAACCCACCAGACAAUCUCCUCAGUGUAUCCCGUCGACCAUCACCACGUUCAUCACCACGUUCAUCACCACGUUCCACACCCAAACCCCAACACAAACCACACCCACCACCUCGUUUGAAGCUGCCCCCAGUGGUCGAUUCCUUGAACCUUAGUCCCGCAGCCGGGAGGCGCAGGGGUAGCUUCCCUAAUAAGGCAUUCUCAGGUAUACGACCGAUACCAGUUGUAAAGACAACCAGACCGGGUAUGAAACUGUCUGGCAGCCCACCAAAUAACUGGGCCCCAUCUGUACCAAAACCCAGCACCAAAAGCCACAGUACGGUGCCUGUUGUACACGUCAUAACAGCAAAUAAGAACGUUGAUACAAAGGCAAGAGUGUCAUGGGAAGGAAAGCCGUCUAAUUCAGUUCCCUCAUACCUCUUUAGAUGAUAAAGUUAUACUCAAUGAAUACUAAGAGUGGUUGGCGAUAUGACCGUGUGAAAAUUCUUUUGAGAUUGUUAUGAAAAGAACCGUUCAACUCGACAUUUCGAUCUGUGUGUUCUGGUCGUCUUCAGGAGAAUACAGCCACCAUCCUCCUGAAGUC